AAUAUCGUGGAGGGGCAGAGCAACCACUCGACUCACAAUCAAGCCACCAUGGAAGCUGUCAAAGACGCCGCCGAGGGAGUGAAGAAUCUGGUGGUGUCAGACAAGCCGAAGAAGGAAAAGAAGAAGAAAGGCCCCACGGGUGACUCCAGCGCAAGACCUACCGAGCUCAGUCCCCCACCCGAGUACUUCGACCACCGCAUCAAGAUCUUCGAGCGAUUAAAGAAGAAGCAAGACGAGGAGAUCGCACAGAAGCCGAGAGAGGCGAUCAAUGUCACGCUUCCGGACGGAUCAAUCAAGCCUGGGCAAUCAUGGGAGACCACGCCCGCAAAGAUUGCGCAAGAACUGAGCAAGUCUUUAUUCGAGAGAACUGUUGUCGCCAAAGUAAAUGGCGAGCUGUGGGAUCUAGAGAGACCACUUGAAAAUAGUUGCAAACUGGAACUGCUAAGCUUCGACGACCCGGAGGCUAAGAGGGUAUUUUGGCAUUCAAGUGCCCACAUUCUUGGAGAGGCUGCGGAACGACGGUUUGGCAGUGACCUUUGUAUCGGACCACCUGUGGACGAUGGCUUCUACUACGAAAUGUCAAUACCAGACAACGGGAUCGUGAGUCAAGACGACUACAAACCGCUCGAGACUAUCGCAAACAAUGCCAUCAAAGAGAAGCAGCCAUUCGAGCGGCUUACCCUCACAAAAGAUGAUCUGCUAGAGAUGUUCAAGAGCAACAAGUACAAGCAACAUAUAAUCAAGGAUAAGAUACAAGAUGGUACCAGUACUACCGUAUACCGCUGUGGUCCUCUCAUAGACCUCUGCAGAGGACCUCACGUGCCACACACAGGGCGAAUAAAGGUGUUCAAGAUUAUGAAGAACUCGGCGUCGUACUUUCUCGGCGAUGCCAAGAACGAUUCUUUGCAGCGUAUUUACGGUGUCUCAUUCCCGGACAAGAAGCAGAUGGAUGAGCAUAUCAAAUUUCUCGAAGAAGCUGCUAAGCGUGACCACCGAAAGAUUGCCAAAGAGCAGGAGCUUUUCUUCUUCCACGAUUGGUCCCCUGGCUCUGCAUUCCUGCUACCCCACGGUAUGACCAUAUACAAUACACUCCAGGCCUUCAUUCGGUCUGAAUACUGGAAGCGAGGCUAUCAAGAGGUUCAGACACCAAAUAUGUACAAUUCUGCCCUGUACAAGCAAUCGGGUCAUUGGGCCUACUAUCAGGAUGACAUGUUCGUUCUCGAUGUUGAAAAAGAGAAGUGGGGUCUGAAGCCUAUGAACUGCCCGGGUCAUUGUCUGCUGUUUGGACAUCGUGAAAGGAGCUACCGCGAGCUCCCAAUGCGCAUUGCAGACUUUGGAAUCCUGCACCGUAACGAAGCUUCCGGAGCACUUACUGGCAUGACAAGAGUACGCCGAUUUGUACAGGACGAUGCACAUAUUUUCUGUACAGAGGAUCAGAUUGAGGAAGAAAUUGGAGGUCUUUUCGAAUUCAUGGAAGCUGUCUACGGCUGCUUCGGCUUCACUUUCAAAUUGAAGCUGUCUACAAGACCAGAUGACUACUUAGGGACCCUUGAGACGUGGGACAAAGCAGAAGCACGUCUCACUGCUGCUUUGGACGGCUUCGCUGCUCGCGGUGGAGGAGUAUGGGAGCUCAAUCCUGGUGAUGGUGCUUUCUACGGACCCAAGAUCGACAUCACCAUCUCCGACGCCUUAAAGCGAGAAUUCCAGUGCGCUACGUUCCAACUAGACUUCCAAAAUCCUAUCCGGUUUGGUCUCGAGUAUCAGACACCAGACACCUCCAAGGCCAAAAGCAGCGCACCAGCAUCAACUGAAAAGUCAGCUGAACCUCAAGGUACUCCACAGCCCAAAGCAGAGACCAAGGCUAAGGACGGUGUUACCCUGCGGCCGCUUACUCAGGGCUAUGCACGUCCCGUCAUGAUUCAUCGCGCAUUAUACGGAAGCUUCGAACGAUUCCUCGCUAUUAUUAUCGAGCAUUUUGCUGGCAAGUGGCCUUUCUGGCUUAGCCCUCGACAGUUACUAGUGAUUCCUGUGAUGCCUGCUGCCAAUGACUAUGUACAAGAAGUGCAAAAGAUCUUCCGUGAGAAAGGUUUCCACGCCGACAUCGAUAUCAGCGGCAACACCAUGCAAAAGAAGAUUCGCUCUGGACAGCUGGCAGCAUACAAUUUCAUCUUCGUGGUCGGAGCACAGGAGAAAGAGAGCCGCACGGUCAAUAUAAGAAAUCGUGACGACCCAUCUACCCAGGCAAAGGGAGACCUGAUUCCGCUGGAUGAUGCACUUGAAAGAUUGACCAAGCUGCGCGAGAGUCGGGAUUUGAAAAAUGCAAUCUAGGUGAGGCUGUUGGGGCGCAAGCACAUGUCUUUGUAGAGGAAGGGC